UUCUCAAGGACUUAAGGGGGAGUCAUGGAGCUAUAAACCUCUGAAUGACCUCACACAUGGAGGAGGCAAGAUUCAGCCUGGCAAAAACAUAGAGAUAUUGAAGAAACCUAAUUGGAAAGAAUGCAACAGUCGGGGUUCCAGUAAUAACCCUUGAGCUGCCAUCUGCUGAAAGAGGAGAUGCGUGUGCCUCACUUACGACUUGACAAAAGAUCCUCUGGACUGUUCAUCAUCUUCAUAUUUAUCUGUGCUUCCUAAUCCCACUGCAUCUUUGGCAUCAUGGGAAGGCAGAAGAUUUUCUUGGACAAAAUGAUGCAAAUUUUCCGAAUCCGAAACCUCCUAGUACGCCAAGCUCUGGCGGAGUGCCUGGGUACCCUCAUCCUGGUGAUGUUUGGCUGUGGUGCUGUAGCUCAGUUAGUUCUGAGUGAAGGAUCGCAUGGAAUGUUCCUGACGGUGAAUUUCGCAUUUGGUUUUGCAGCUACACUUGGGAUUUUGGUGUGUGGCCAGGUUUCAGGUGGUCACUUGAACCCAGCUGUGACGUUCGCCCUUUGCAUUCUGGGUAGGGAUCCAUGGAAGAAGUUCCCUGUGUACUUUCUGUUUCAGACUCUUGGGGCAUUCCUUGGCUCUGGAAUAAUAUUUGGCAUGUAUUUUGAUGCAUUUUGGGAGUAUAAGAAGGGCAGUCUGAUUGUGACGGGAGAAAAUGGUACAGCUGGAAUAUUUGCCACGUAUCCAUCCAACCAUCUUAGUCUUAUCAACGGCUUCUUUGACCAAGUGAUUGGCACAGCAGCUUUGAUCGUGUGUAUUCUUGCCAUCGUGGACCCCUAUAACAACCCAAUCCCACGGGGUCUAGAAGCCUUUACUGUUGGCUUCGUGGUUUUGGUUAUUGGCCUUUCUAUGGGAUUUAACUCAGGCUAUGCCGUGAACCCCGCCAGAGACCUCGGACCCCGAAUCUUUACUGCACUUGCAGGCUGGGGCACUGAAGUCUUCACGGCACACGAUUACUGGUUCUUUGUCCCGAUCUUUGCACCAUUUAUCGGUGCCAUGGUGGGUGUUUUGGUGUACCAGCUGAUGGUGGGAUACCAUCUGGAGGGAGAUGCUCAAGACAGGGGACAAGCUGAGGCCCACGAAGAGAAAGUAAGGCUGAAGGCAUAUAAAGUGUCUGGGUAAAAGGGCUUUCAUGUUCCGUCUGGCAUUAAGAUCGUAUAUUCCCGCUACUCUGUGCUAAAUCCUGGACAGUAUAACUCCCAUGUUUUCUUUGGCACAUAACAUUUGUUUUGCCUUUCUAAGGGUUGUCUGUGUGCCUUGUUCUCCAUAAUUCCCUGAAUGUUUGUCUUCUCUUAUUCACUGCUUUAGAUGUAUACCUAGACAAGUCUAGACAUGGCUAAAUCCUCUACUAAACGCACAAACCACAAAAUCCUCACUUCACUUUUGACACAUAUUAGUCUUGUUCAAAACCAGCUGUGACACCACUAAGAGCAAGUCAAAACUAUUAUGAACAUGUGCUUUUCUUUUAAUACAUAAGUAUACCUAAGAGGAACAAAAAGGAAGAUUUUAGACUGGGGCCUGAAAUCUACAAAAUAAUAAAUUUUUACCAUAAUUGUACAAAAAAUAAAGAAGAAAAAAGAAGAAGACAGAAUUAGAUAUUAGAGUAAUAUUAUUAUUAAUUAUUAGAAUUUCACCUUGAUUAGAGCAAUUGCUUGCUUUUUUUGAAUGAUGCAUUUAAUGUUACAUUCAUUAUAAGAAGGAAUAACAGAAGUCCUAAGUUUUCUGUGGUUACUUUAAUGUUCUGUGUUCUGGAUACGUAUCUUUUAUUGAACUUUUUUUUUUUUUUCAAUUUGUGUUUGUUUGCACCUUAGUAAUGCAAAAAGCUUUUUUUCAUUCAUAUGUACUGUAUAUUCAUCUACAAAAAAUUUAACACAGUUUGUUGCUAAUAUUUGUAUUUUGAAUUUUUUUUGUCAAAUACAAAGUUGCAAAAUAAACAAAAUGAUCAGCAGCAUUGUCUAAAA